AUGGAACCAAAUUCGAACUCUUUACCUCCGCGUGUUCCUCUUGGUGUUUUUUGUUCAAGUGAAGGCCCUGACCUUCGUACCCUCGGUGUACAAGCCAAAGAGAGAGGACAAGAUUUUUUGGUAGUGCCAAUAACUCGGCCGCAAUUUAAACGCUUCUUGUUCGACGAGCAAGUAGACUUUUCUUUAAACAAAGAAUUGCAAAGAACAAUGGAAAGCUGGAGAGAAGGACAAUCAUUUUCCCUUGAUGAUUUAUUUUUAAAAAGCGUUGAAUUCGCUGACAUGGCAGUAGGAAAAGUUUCGGAAUGGAUAGAUUUGGAUUCGCCCAACGCUCAAAUACGAAUAAAUUCUGAAAUAGCUAUGAAACAAGAAAUUGCUUGGGCGACACAUUUGGGCCUUUCAGCUGUGCUCUUACCGUUUCCGCACGAUUCUGCAUUUAAUUAUGCUAGGAGUGUUCAUUCUAUCUUGGGAGUAUUGGCAUAUACGCACGUUUGGUUACAAAUCCCAUUGAUCUUACAAGAGCAAAUAACGGAAACUAAAGAGACUGUCACCUGGGAACGAUGGAAUCAAUUUCGCACCCUUUGUGAACAUCAUGCUAAAUUAUCUAUAGCUUUGGAGCUUACCACUGAUCUUCCCGAUAAUUACAUUCUUGAACGUUGGUUCGGUGAGCCAAUCAAAGCCGUCAUCGUCCCAACUAAUAUAUUUCUGACAAACGCUAAAGGUUAUCCGGUGCUUAGCAAAAAGCAUCAGGCUUUUGUUCGCAGGCUCAUGAGAAUUAGAGCAAAUUUCAUCAUUUCUGACACUGAAAAUCGAAAAAACACUACUAUCGGUGGUACGUCUACCUAUCAAGAAUACUUGCGUCAUUUAAACAGAACCAUGCCAGAAUUAAGUGAGGUAGAAAGAUUUGCCACUGGCUACCAAGAUUAUUUGCAAUCACCUUUACAGCCAUUAAUGGAUAAUCUUGAAUCUUCAACUUAUGAAACAUUUGAAAAAGAUCCGAUAAAAUACUCACAAUAUGAAAAGGCGGUAUAUCACGCUCUACUCGACCGUGUGCAACCAAAUUCGCAGGAAACUACCGUAAUAAUGGUCGUUGGAGCUGGGCGUGGUCCUCUUGUCACACGAUGCUUGGCAGCGGCGGAAAAAGCCAACCGGCCAAUAAAAGUAUAUGCUAUUGAAAAGAACCCAAAUGCCUUUGUCACGCUGCAAAACAUGAAGGCCGAAGUGUGGGGAGAUAAAGUUACCAUAGCAUUUUCGGACAUGCGAAGAUGGAAUGCCCCAGAAAAAGCUGAUAUUAUAGUUAGUGAACUUUUAGGUUCGUUCGGCGAUAAUGAAUUAUCACCAGAAUGUUUGGAUGGAGCACAGAAAUUUCUCAAAAAGGACGGAAUAUCGAUUCCAGCUAAUUAUAUAACCUAUAUUGCUCCUUUAUCUUCAUCCAAAUUACAUAGUGAGGCUGCUGCUUAUAAAGAUUUAGCGCACUUUGAGACACCCUAUGUUGUGAUGUUUCAAGCUGUCACCCAAUUGGCAGAUCCACAAAGUGUUUGGGAAUUCGAACACCCAAAUAAAAAAUUAGAUGUUGAUGAUGAAGGAAAUACUCUUACGAAUUUUCAUAAUACGCGAUAUUCGAAAAACACUUUCACAAUAUCUGAAAGCGCGAUUCUACAUGGAAUUGCGGGAUUUUUUGAGUCUGUGCUAUACAAGAACAUUACUAUAAGUAUCCAUCCGAAAACACAUUCAGAGGGAAUGUUUAGUUGGUUUCCAAUUUACUUUCCUUUAAAGACGCCCAUCUUUCUACCAGGCAAUUCGAAAUUAAAUGUUCACUUUUGGCGGUUGACAGAUUCGCGUAAAGUGUGGUAUGAAUGGUGUGUGGAGCAUAAUCUUCAAAUUGGUGCGAAAAGUAUUUCUUUAGGAACUUCUGUUCUACAUAAUGUUGGUGGAAGAUCUAGUUGGAUUGGAUUAUAG